AUGGCAUACAACGCGCUGAACGUGAAGAACAAAUCUGCCGGCCCCGGAUCGUCCCUCCGAGUUACUCCUUCCAACUCGCCCAAUCUACGCCCGCCGCCGCGCACCCCCAACAAAUCUCCCUUGCACCAGGGUACUUUAUCUCUCCAGACUGUAAUCGGUACCACCACAACUACCCCUAAUGGGUUCUCGAGCCACGAUCAAAGCAGGUCAUUUGCCUUCUGCGCCGGCUCCGCGGCUGUCUUGGCAGAGGUGGACGAGGAGGGAGAAGUGAAUCAACGCUUUUUUAGAGCUCGACCCUCCGUACCCAGCAUCAACCCGGCUACUUCAUUCUACAAUCAGUCAACCCCUCCCACCACUCCAGACACGCGUGCGAAGCCUCUUUCAAGCCUGAAAUCUGCACCCAACGCCAAUGUUCACAAUGGAUCUCCUUCGAGCGAAUUGGCAGAAAGUACCGCUCCUCGGCCCUGGUCGUCGAGAGAAAGAGUGAAAGCGGUAACUGGUGUUUCUAUAAGUCCAAAUGGGAGGUUGCUUGCGGUAGGGGAAACUGGAUAUAGCCCGAGGGUCUUGAUAUUCUCGACAGCAAACGAUGCCCCCUCCGACGUCCCUCUCUCAAUUAUGAACGACCAUACAUUUGGGGUCCGCAGUCUUGCUUUCAGCUCCAACUCUUUGCACUUGGCGACGCUCGGGGAUGCAAAUGACGGUUUCCUGUUUGUAUGGUCGAUCAAUCCGAAAAAUGGCGCUGCCCAGCUUCAUUCAACCAAUAAAUGCACCGCACAUAUCCGGGACAUGUGUUGGAUGGGCCAAACUUUGAUCACUGCCGGAGUUCGACAUGUGAAAAUCUGGAGACUUGCAGACGCAAGGCCCGGAUCACCUUCCCCGAAUGUUACUCCAAAGGCACUCGCGGGGAGAAAUUGCUUACUUGGUGCUCUGGCAGAGAGCACGUUUACUAGUGUGGCAAGCGUCUCUGAUACUGGUGCCGUUGUAGGCACAGACAAGGGGUCUCUGUGUUUUAUAGAUGACCAUGCGGGCGCCCAAAAAUUAACUCUUGUUCAGCAUAUGGGCUUCGGGAUCACUUCCCUGGCAGUCGAUUCGGAUCGAUCCUGCAUCUGGAUCGGUGGUCGUGAUGGGCAGAUACAAAGCGUUCCAUUGAGCAUGGUAGAGAAUUCGCUUCCACCUCCAUCCCCAACGCAUUCAGAGUCAUCUUUCCUGACAGAAUGCCACCACAAGAAGCCAGCCAUAAGCUGUAUGGGAUAUCUCACGUCGCAUCUGGUGACACUUGAUGUUACAAGGGCAAUCCAUGUGUACCCUGUUGACGCGUUGAGUGAUAAUGAUGACCUGGACCACAUGGCAAACUCAAUUCCCGGCUACAGGGACGCUGUAAUGGGUGUCCGUUCUUUACAGUCGCCAAAUCAUCCGGACGUCGACUUUUUCACGUGGUCGUCCAGAGGUACUGUAGACUUUUGGGACACCCGAGGAAGGAACCAAAUGACCCAAACAGUUCCAUUAGAGGCUUCUGGAAUUGGCGAAGAAUCUUCAAAUGAACUAAAAGUACUUCGCACUACAGAAAAUACAGACCUCUUUGUCGCAGGGGAUAAGUUUGGUGUCCUUAGGACAAUGGACGGAAAAACAUGGAGAUGCACAAACGAAGCUCGAGCGCACGGAGGAGAAAUAACAGAUAUUGCUUUGCACCCAGCGUUUGGCUCCUGCUUAGUUGCCAGUUGCGGGCGUGAUCGUAUGGUUCAGCUCUUCCAAAAAUCCGACGAAGACUUUCAAUUGAUACAAACUAUGGAUGACCACGUCGGGGCUGUCAACCAGCUGCUUUUCAUCAAUGAUGGCGAACUACUCCUCUCUGGCUCUGCUGACCGCACCAUCCGUGUUCGGAAUCGAGUGACUCGAGAGGACAAUGGUGCGACGGCUAUUGCGUAUCUGGUAUCAAAAGUGAUCACGUUGAAAGCGUCGCCGGUUUCCAUGGCCUUGUCUCCUGAAGACGCGAACAUUCUCGUCGUAUCAACAAUAGACCGCUGCGUCCAGCAGUACGACAUUAGCACUGGCCGCCUCUUACACUCGUUUCGCUCUGCUGAUUCCGACUCAAGUGAUACAGUCAUUAUGGGUGCCCUAACAGUUACUGAAGAAGUUCCAGGACAAAGUCCCAAGCUCCUUGUUGGGAUGUCGGGAACAGACAAAUCGAUCCGCCUUUAUGAUAUAGAGCGGGGGGCACUUCUUACCGGUGAAUUCGGCCAUACAGAAGGUGUCAGUGACAUUUGCGUGCUCGAACGGGAGUCAUGUUCUCCCGACCAACCCGCCAUUCGGACUAUAAUUAGCUCCGGCAUCGAUGGUAUUGUUAUGAUAUGGGACGUAUCAGUGCAACCGCUUCAGAGCCAAGACCGAACUGACGAGGACGUUCCUUCAAAGGAACCAUCCGUCUCCAACCCUCCUCUGCGCAAGUUAUUGUCUCGGUCCGAACUUGCGGGGUUUAAUCGUCCGGAAAAUCUACCGGGUACUCCGACUCCAGUGCGCGAACACUCUCCGCCACUAGCUCGGAAACCGUCAAAGCUUUCGCUCGCCCCUCCAUCUGGGAAACACUAUCACUCAUUGCCAACGACUCCGCCUUACACGUCUUCGAAUCGAUCUUCUACUUCGAGCCAUCGGUUUGAGAAGCAACACAGAUCACCUUCGCCUUCAAGUCCUAGGUCCGCGUUGGGCAGGAAGAGCAAGCAUACAAAUAUCGCUGCUCGCCACUCUCCUCGCGAAUUGCGUGCGCGUCCUAGAAGCUCCAAUAGAAGCGAUUUCGGAAACUUGGACACGUCCACCGAUCAAGUUUGCCGUACAUUGAGAGCUUAUAGAAAGAAACUCAAUGGAUCCACUGAUAGUCUUUACUCUCAAAAGGAACUGGAGCGGGAAUUGAAUCUCACUCUGCGAAUCUUAGCCUCUCGAACGAAAGCUUGCGAUAGUGCAGAUGCAGAGACCGACAGCAGCGGAAAAGAAAAUGAAAAGCUAGCAGUUCCGACACCCAAUAGGCCAGCACGCCGCAUGCCUUCAACUCCGAAUUUGGGCCAACGUGAAUCACAGAAGGUCCUGAGAAGUCACUCUUUUGAUUCGAAAGCAGUAUAA